UGGUAAUAGACAAAGACGUUUGACGUUUCCAUCACAUCCACGAGCAUUGUGUGAGCAUAAAUAACAGUGCUUUUUCAUGUGCUGGCUAAUUUUUGAUUUGUGUAAAACGUAACUCGUGUUGGACGUGGUACGAAGCCUGUCGCGACGAUGCCACAGAAACAGCGGAAAACGUUGAGGAAGAGAGAAUACGUGAAGUACGUGAAAUUUUUGAGAAAACAAUUGCGUCGUCGUGUUGAGGACGUUGAGGUUAGGUCUGCGAAACAGUGGGAAGGUUACCUGGAGCACACUAGCACCUUCGACACGCAAGAAGCAGUGGUGAUGGACACGAUGCAGGCGGACGCUUUUUGGAAAAAUUAUGCAACGGCUCAGGAAUGGCAAAACAGGCACAACAUAACCUGGUGGAGAUCGCGUUGCAUAGCUCUUGAGCAAGAGAAUGAAAUACUGCGAAAUAAGAUAAGGUCGCUGGCUCGUCGUAAUCGCUCCUCUGUUAGCACUAAGAAAACUCAAGGACAGUAUUCUCAUGAGAUGGAAAAUGAUGAAGAUGAAGAGACGCAGGAAGAAGCAGCUGCCAAUUCCAGCGAAAAUCUCGAGCUGAACGUGACUGAAGAUUGGCUGGCCUUUUUGGAGAAAAGCGAGAGGCACAGGAGAGAAAUGCAAGAAAGACGUAAAUCUGAAGAAAACGUGACUCCAAAGAAGAAAAAGGGAGUGAAAAAGGAACCGGUUACUGUUAGCACUCCUGAGACUGUCCAAGCUAAGAGAAAAGAAGCAGGGUUGUUGUACGGCGAUGCUGCUCCCAAAAUAUUAGCGAUGGAAGCUGCCCUGCAGGUUGCAGCAAACAGAUAUAAAGAUUUAACAAGUCCCCAAUACUGGCCCAAUAUUCCUCUUAAACCGUAGAACUUUUAGCUUUAAAUUGUUGGACGUUUAAAGCCAGCUUGAUUAUCUAAUCUAUAUAUAUAUAUAAGUAUAAUAUACUUAGCAUAUUGUCUGUAAAAUAUAUUACUAUUUUAUAUUUUUCGAAUAUAUUUUUCAUAAGAUGAGGAUUAAUAACGUUACCAUUUUUUUUCUUAUACUUUUUGCGUCUCGUUGCAUCCUAUUAUUGACUGAACAUUCCUUGGCCGCCGAACGGAAUGAUCGAGAGAUGGCAGGUUAGGUUAAAUCUUGGAAUAUUUAUGUCGCGUACUGGAGAACGGUCGGUAAUAAAUGUGAUGGCUCAUAUUCAAAACGACGACAAAAGCGCCUUCAAUGUGGCCUCUCAGCCACAUCAGGUGAGUUUUAAACCGCUUUUAGAGACGCUAUUAUCGUUGUACGCGUGCUCUGAAUAUGAAUGUAUGUAUAUGUAAUUACGUAAUUAUUAAGUUUGAUUGUGAUCUUUGAAUAUCAUUCGUAAAUCGGGAAAGAAUUCUGUGUAUCCGAAAUAAACUAUUGCAAUCAAUUUAUAACAUC